CAGUGCGAAGGAGCUCUACGCACGGAAAGUUUAUCUCUCACUACUACACUUUCAAUCCAAAGGACCAGUACACGCGCCACGGAGAUGGCAACCCACGCGCAGCAGCCUCCACACCUGCACCUGGCCGAGAUCACCGCCACGCAGUUCAUCGACAUCUGGAAACAUUAUGACUCAGACGGAAAUGGUUAUAUUGAGGGAAAGGAGCUGGAGAAUUUCUUCCGAGAGUUGGAGAUGGCCAGAAGAGGGGCAGGAGUGGAUCCAUCACACGCUACAUUCAGAGAGAAAAUGAAUGAGUUCAUGUCCAGCUUUGACAAGAACUCGGACGGGAAAAUUGAGAUGUCAGAGCUGGCUCAGCUUCUGCCGACGGAGGAAAACUUCCUGCUGUGUUUUAGGGAGUUUGUGGGAUCCAGCUCUCAGUUCAUGGCUGCCUGGAGGAGGUAUGACACUGACCGGAGCGGAUACAUUGAGUCCAAUGAGCUGGAGGGAUUUCUCUCAGAUUUGCUGAAAAAGGCCAACAGAAACUUUGAUGGCAAGAAGCUCACUGAAUACACACAUACUAUUCUCAAGAUGUUUGAUCUCAAUGGUGAUGGAAAACUAGGACUCUCUGAAAUGGCUAGACUUUUGCCAGUGAAUGAAAACUUCCUACUAAAAUUUGAGGGCAUCCGGAUCUCAGUGAAAGAGUUUGACGCACUCUUCACCUUUUACGACAAGGAUGGGAACGGAUAUAUUGAUGAGCAGGAGCUUGAUGCCUUGCUCAAAGACCUCUGUGACAAGAACAAAAUGGAUGUGGUUUCAAGUGAGCUGGCAGGAUACAAGAAAAGUAUUAUGGCUUUGUCAGAUGAGGGGAAACUGUACCGGACGGAGCUGGAGAUCGUCCUCUGCCGGGACUCCACACUGUGAUCCCCUCCACUCUUCCUUCAAAUACCUUCUCCUGGUGUAACCUGGUGCAUGUUACCCCUAUACCCCGCUAUAGAGUGAAAAGUGCAGCUGGAAGCACAAAGUGUAUUGCAGGCUGUUUUAGAUUUCCCUCAUAACAUUUUAUAUGAUUUUACACAUCGUUUCAUAAUUUAAUAUCGAGACUUAAGCCUCCUUUAUAUUUAAACUCCUGUUUUACUGUACUCACUGGCUUGAGACCAGUGAGUGUUUUAUCUUAUGUUUACGUUACCCCCCAUUUACAUGUCAUGUGGCAGCAGUAG